UGGCCAAACCAGGAACAAGAACUUGAAAUGAUACAGAGCCACCUGUCUAUUGUACUUGGAGAAACGACUAGUCUCCCCCUUGAGACCAUUGUUGAAAUUAGCAAAGUCAAACUUUGAAAGCUAUAUGCUGCUUCUAUAAUGUAUGGAUAUUAAUUCCUCAGAAGAGUUGAUCAGCGAUAUCAGCCUGAGAGAACCAUGAAUACCCUUCCCAAGGGAUUUGAUAAAGACCGGGCAUGGUUUGAAGAUCCAAGUCCAGCGAAACCGCUUUGGCGUCCAGAAUCUUUGAUAAGGAUUGUGCCUGAAAAAUCAUAUAGACUGAGAUCCUAUGUGAUGUACUUAGAUGUGGAGACACUGCAAAGAUAUGCAACUAUAAGAUCCAAGGAAGCUAUUUCUUUGAAUGAAAAGCAGACUCAAGCACUUUUUGGGAGGCCAGAUAUAAGGAUUGCUGAGAAUGGUUCCAUUGAGACGGCUAAUGAUGAAGUUGUCUCAAUCACAAUCUCUGGACUUACUAUGCCGGUCCUGGAGGCGGUAGCUUUUGGACCAUUCCUAUGGGAUGCAGAAAGCUAUGUCGAAUCAAAAUACCAUUUUUUGAACAGUUAAAAACACUUUUGUUUAGCUAGCCUUUGUUGCUCGCUGCAGAUGUAUAAAUUACAAUGCAAGGUCUUUUUCCUGGUGUCAA